AUGAUAGUGCAGAAUCGGUCCCAGUUCAUCCCCGUAGCCGGAGCUCUGGCAAGGGCGCGGACUUCGGGCAGGUACACAUGUAUCGGGGUGGUGUCGUCUGGGGACAAUAUCAAGGCCUCACCGUGGGCUGCAAGAUCGCCAUCGCCACUCACGGGGCUCUCACCUGCGUCGUUGUCGCCCUCUGCAUCAUGGGCGUCACUGAGACCGGACGAGGGUGACGCCGUGCGCACCGAGUUCUCGUCGUGGUCAAGGACCGGGCUACCGGAGGUCCUAGCGGGUUGCAGCGAGGGAGUCGGGUCGCGGCAGGACCGGGGUCGUGGCGUCCGUUCAGUGGUCCGCGUGAUCGUUCGUGUUGAUCUCGGGGUGGAAAAAGCUGAUGUAGCUCUGCUUGGGGCUAGGGAGGGACUGCCUGUGUCUGAGCUGGAUGUUAGUGCCCUAGAAUCGUCUAUAUCCUCGUCGGAAGAACUAGUUGCCUGA